AUGGUGAACCUGAGGAAGGCAGUGCACUCGUUCCUUGUGCACCUGAUUGGCCUAUUGGUUUGGCAAUGUGAUAUUUCUGUGAGCCCAGUAGCAGCCAUAGUAACUGACAUUUUCAAUACCUCCGAUGGUGGACGCUUCAAAUUCCCAGACGGGGUACAAAACUGGCCAGCACUUUCAAUCGUCAUAAUAAUAAUCUUGACAAUAGGUGGCAACAUUCUCGUUAUCAUGGCAGUAAGCUUGGAAAAGAAACUGCACAAUGCCACCAAUUAUUUCUUAAUGUCCCUAGCCAUUGCUGAUAUGCUAGUGGGACUACUUGUCAUGCCACUGUCUCUGCUUGCAAUCCUUUAUGAUUAUGUCUGGCCAUUACCUAGAUAUUUGUGCCCCGUCUGGAUUUCUUUAGAUGUUUUAUUUUCUACAGCGUCCAUCAUGCACCUCUGCGCUAUUUCGCUGGAUCGGUAUGUAGCAAUACGUAAUCCUAUUGAGCAUAGCCGUUUCAAUUCACGGACUAAGGCCAUCAUGAAGAUUGCUAUUGUUUGGGCAAUUUCUUUAGGUAAUUAACUUUCUUGGCCAGUAGAAUUGCAGCGGCUAUGCUCAAUACUUUCGGAUUAUGUACUGUGA